UCUUCCAUUUUAAUUCCUUCACUUUUCAACCCAAAUCUCUCUCGCCCUUUUCUAUCCAUUAUCACCCCUCUUCCUCUUAUCCCUUUUCCUCAUCAAAACUUAUCCAUUUCCCUCACUAUUCCAUCCUUGUACUUUUUAUAAUUCAUGGGACGUUCACCUUGCUGCGAAAAGGCUCACACCAACAAGGGCGCCUGGACCAAAGAAGAAGACCAGCGACUCAUUGAAUAUAUUCGCGUUCAUGGUGAAGGCUGCUGGCGUUCUCUCCCUAAAGCUGCUGGGCUGCUUCGAUGUGGGAAGAGUUGCAGAUUGAGGUGGAUAAAUUACCUUCGACCUGAUCUCAAGCGAGGAAAUUUCACUCCUGAAGAAGAUGAACUCAUUAUCAAACUCCAUAGCUUGCUUGGAAACAAGUGGUCAUUAAUUGCUGGAAGAUUACCGGGAAGAACGGACAAUGAAAUAAAGAACUACUGGAACACUCACAUCAAGAGGAAACUAAUAAGCCGCGGACUCAACCCUCAAACUCACCGCCCACUCAACGAAAACUCGACGCAUUUGGACUUCAACUCACCGCCUCACGAUCUCGCUCUUCCUCUCAGGAAAACAGAAUCCAUUGAAGAAAACAACUGCACCAGCAGCGGCACGACAACCGACGAAGAACAACAACAACAACAGCAGCAAAAACGGAAAGAAAAUUAUGGGCAAGAAAAGUGUAAUCAGAAGCUGAAUUUGGAGCUCUCCAUUGGUGUUGGUCCGACUCAAUCUGAGUUGACUCGGGCUUCUUCAAACUUUGCGGAGUCAAAACAGGGGGUUGAAGUUCAUUGUAAUUACCAGUUUCUUGAGGUAAAACAGGGUGUUUGUUUGUGCUGGCAAUUGGGGUUUCAGAGAAGAGAAGAAUUGUGUAGAAAUUGUACUCAAAAUUCUGCUGGACUGUUCAGAUAUUGCAGCCCUUUAGAUUCUUAGUUUUUAUUUUUUA